AUGAAGCAUAAAGUUAUUCUUGAUCAAACAAUAAGGAAUAGAAAUAUUCAACAUCAUUUGAACGAACUUGAACGAGAUAAUUAUGCAGAAGUACCUGAACUUGAAAUUGUUUCCGGAACUAUUACAAAACCAAGACGUACUUCCGAAAUUGAUACAAGUCAAAAUCGAAAAACAAAGGCAAGGAGUAAAAAGCAACUUUUAAGUCAAUUAACGGUUAAAAAAACCCUUAAUGCACUACUCGAAGAAUCGGUAAUAACCAUUUCAAUGAUUGUUGUUUUCAACUUAAUGUAUGGGGGUAACUUUGUUCCUUACAAAGUUACUGAAGAAAUUUGA